AUGCCUUGGUUUGACUGGUGGCCACACGAUCCCGUUCCCUCGAGUUCUCUCACCGAUCCCUUGGUGGUAAAAGUCAAAAGGGACCAAGUUUACUGGUGGUGUUCAUGCGGGCUCAGUAAAGCUCAACCCUGGUGUGAUGGGUCUCACAAAGGCACAGCUUUCAAACCGGUAAUGUACGCAGCUCAACAUGAUGGCACAAGGGUCAUGUGUGGGUGUAAGUUUUCCAAGGCCAGGCCCAUUUGUGACGGAUCUCACAUGUGGGUUAAGGCCCACAAAUCGCUUCCCAAGGCUGCGCUAGCCACCUUUGGGUUUUUUUUCUCCUUUGGCGUUUUCACCUCCUGGAUCCUCCAUCCCUAA